AGUAUUCCCGACUGGGUCAGCUUAUGAGAACAUGGCCGCCUAAAUGUGGGAAAGAAUUUUCGUGAAAUUUAGAAGACAUUUUGGAAGUGCACACGCUAAAAAAGAAGAAAACACCGCGUGUUUACACAAGAAAAACGCACAUCGAAUCAAACGGAGGUAAAUCGUUGCGCAGGUGCUUUGAACUGAAACAGAUAACCGGCACCAAAACGAAAGCUUUUGUCCUCGGCGCGCACCUGCUCAGUGGCUAUGGUGGGGUGAUCUGAACAUACCGGUGAUGUGUUGACCUAACUUGCUCAAAUACCGUUUCCAGUUUAACAGUUUCUACAAAAGGAAGUCAAAAUGUUCAUUGACACGCUUGAGUUUACGAUCCCUGUGGAUUUGUGUAAUUUAUACAUGACUCUUCAACAACAAGGGACGAAAUCACAACUUGAUUUCCCUGCGUCUGUGAACUCGUACGGCACAACACAAGACGCCAAUGUUCAAGUGGCUCUCCGAGCAAACAAAGUGACGUUCAAAGUGGAUGGUGUGUCAUCAAACGCGAGCAUAAUUUCCAAAAGUGAAUGCAAAACGUUAAAACUGUCAGUGUUCGAUGUAGACAGAUCGUUAAUGCCCCAGAAAAAUACAAAUAAUUCAAGUGGCAUGUCACCGGUUCUUCAGCCACAACCUGUGUUAAAUGCAUCAAAAAGAUUACAUGAACAAUCUGUGUCAUUACCACAUCCACCUGCUAAAAGCAGUAGGACUUCUUUUUCUGAGUCCCCAAGACCCAGGUCUCCACUUCGUCGCUCACAACCUCAAUCCAGUCCACGUCCAUCUAUUAACACACAAUCAAAAUCUCAUCAAAAUGACACUCCUGUGAAUGUGAAACAAGAACCAGAAGAUCCAGAUUUAAUAGAAAUAGAACCAGACCCUGAACCUGACGACAUUGUGCCAAAGAAAGAGACUCCAUACAUGCAAAUAGAUUAUUCAUCCGAUGUACCUCAUACGCAAACGUCCCAAGCAGCUUUAGAUCGACUCUCUCAUCCACAAUCAUCACAUUCUCAGUCACCCGGUUCUUCAUCAUCGUCUUUCCAUCAAAACGUUCCACAUGCUCCAGAUUACGCCGAACCCAGUACUAGUCAACAUGUUCAAGGACAAUAUGGUGAUCAAAGUGCAGAUGAAUUUUUAGUGUUUCAAGACGACAAUGACUACGGCGAUGAUAACGAAGCAGAUUACAGCAAUGACGAUUUUAACGAGGAAGGAAGUGUUGCCGUGCCAACAGAGGAUCAGUGCUUUGCCACAGAUGCUUCAAAUACGAAGGCCUCAAGGGAACGCCAUGAGGAGGUCAACUCUGAUGAAAUGGCUGUCAAUUACAACAUUUUAGAUGUGAAACAGGAAGCGAGUGUUUCCAUGGAAACUGAAGACGAAUACAUUGUCUCAGAUCCAAACGCAUCUACAUCAAGGAGUCUAAAUGAUGAGGACAGCUGUGAUGAAAUGGGGGUCUAUACUGAUAUUUUAGAUGACAAGGAUGGGAUUGUCCCGGCAGAGAGCCCCACACAUAGGUCUACGUCUACAGGGCGUUUCGCUACAGUGGAGGAGUCGGAACUAGAUUCCAUCUUACUGGAUGGGCGAGCCAAGAGCACCCAGCGAACUACGCUAUGGGGAGUUAAUAUAUUUAGACAAUGGCUGACGCAACAUGACAAAUCUACAGAAUUCGAGGAACUUCCAACGGAAGAAUUAAGCGCUCACUUGAGACGGUUUUAUGCCGAGGUUCGCACUGAAGAUGGUCAAUAUUAUUCAAGGUCGUCCUAUAUCGGCCUGAGAGCGGCCAUUCACCGGCGCCUUCGCUCACCUCCGUAUGAAAGAAACAUAAAUAUUCUGCAAGAUAAGGAAUUCCACAAUGCUAACAAGGUGUUCAUGGGUGUGUUGGGAAAUAUUAAGAAGCUUGGACUGGACAGUGUUGCACACUAUGAAGCAAUAUCUCCGGAGGAUUUGAAAAGAAUCCGAGAUUCUCAGUCCACAGAUUCUCCGAUAAACCUCCAGCGAAAAGUGUGGUUUGAUAUAACGUUAGGUUUUGGAAGACGGGGGGAGUGAGAAUCAGAGGGAUUUGACUGUUCAUUCCUUUUCUAUUGAAAGAGAUGAUGAUGGUGUGGAGUAUUUAGCACUCAGAAACACAGAGGGUACUAAGGGUCCAUCUGAGAAAGUGCAGGGGAUACCUCGUAUUUACGCAACAAGUUCCCGAUCAUGUCCCGUAUCGGCGUUCAGAAAGUACUGUUCCAAACUGAACCCACAGAACUCGGCCUUCUUCCAGCAGCCACGGAAACACGCACAGCAACUAGAGAGUGUGUGGUAUACGCUGAAAGCCGUUGGCCACAACACGCUCUCGCAGAUGAUGAAAGGAAUAUCUACUGAAUACAAACUCAGCAAGAUCUACACAAACCAUUGUGUGCGGGCCACCACAUCGGCGCUUCUCUCCCAUGCUGGAGUCGACUCGCGGGUUAUAGAAACUAUGACUGGUCAGAGGAACCAACCAACUUUCUAUGUGUACAAUACUGACUCUUUGUUAAACCAGAAGGGACAUUACUCAGUAAAAGUGCGUGGAUCAAGCAGCAGUGAUCAGAGAUGAGGCUCUCAUUGUGAAAACAAUUGUUAAUAAUCCAGUAUUAUUUGAAAUCACUUGUGAAGUAGACAUUUACAGAAGAGUAUUUCUGUUUUGGCAAAUGGUAUUAGGUUUCAAAAUGUGUACUUGGUUAUGGUAAGCUUGGCUAAGUAUAGCUUAUUGUGAAUCUAGCUUCAUACAAGACAAUGCCGAUGUGACGUUAAAUAUUAACUCACUCACUCAUACAAGACUAUUAAUGUUGUGCUCUCUGGAUGAGUGUAUCGGGUGUUGUUGCAAUAAACACAUGAAUGAAGCCUUUAA